AUGUCUGGUCUACAAGUCUUGAUCAGUGGAGCGAGCGUCGCAGGCCCAGCUCUAGCCUUCUUCCUCGCUCGUGCGGGUGCAAAAGUCACAAUUGUGGAGAAAGCCCCCUCACUACGAACAGGUGGCCAGAAUGUCGAUAUUCGGGGCGUCGGUCUCAAAGUUGUGCGUCGUAUGGGACUCGAGGCUGCGGUCCUCAACAGGGCAACGCAGGAAGAGGGUGUCGCUUUUGUUGACGCCUCGAAUCGCAGACGGGCAGAGUUCCCUGUUGACCCUACCGGUCAAAAUCUGAGCAUGACUGCUGAGAUAGAGAUCAUGCGUGGAGAUCUCGCCAAGCUCUUUUACGACGCGACGUGUGAUGAUGUGAAAUAUGUUUUCGGAAAUAGUAUUGAAAGUAUGGUCGAGACAGAUGAGAAAGUCAAUGUCUUGUUCAAGCAUGGUUUGAAGCAGCAAUUCGAUCUCGUCUUUGCUGCUGAUGGUCUUGGCUCACCAACCCGAGCACUCAUCUUUGGCCAUGACAAGCAGAAAUCGCCCAUCAAGUCACUUGGUCAAUACGUCGCCUGGUUCACGAUACCGCGUCAGGAAAGUGAUGGGAGGUGGGCUCGCUGGUAUAAUGCGCCAGGCCGGCGCCUAAUCCUUCUCCGACCAGAUACUAAGGCAGAAGCCUCCCAGCAGAUAACUCGUGCAUCUCUCUGGAUCUGCAGCGAUUCUGCAAGAUUGCAGGGCUACUCCAAGUUGAGUAUCGCAGAGCAGAAAGCUGUGAUGCACGAUCUCUUUGUUGAUGCAGGUUGGGAGGCCUCUCGAGUCCUCGCUGGAAUGGACUCUGCGGAUGACUUCUACAUGCAGGAGGUAGCACAGGUUAAAAUGGACGAGUGCUGGUCGCGUGGCAGAAUGGCCGUCCUCGGCGAUGCUGCCUAUUGUCCAUCGCCAAUAAGUGGCAUGGGCACCACCGUCGCUGUGGUCGGCGCCUACCUACUAGCUGGGGAAAUUGCACGCAGUCCAAAUGAUCCUCUGGCAGCCUUCGCCUCAUACGAACGACUCAUGCGGCCAUUCGUGACCAAGGCCCAGAAGUUGAUACCUGGUGCACCCCAGCUGGCCAAUCCGGAAACAGCAUGGGGUAUCUGGCUUAUGUAUUCGAUUUUGGGCAUAGUAUCCUGGACCACCAGAUUGCAGGCGUUCUUGGGGAGGUUUGCAGGUCCACCAGUCGAUGCGAUCGUGCUUCCCGAUUACGAGGCAGAGUUGUCAGGUAAUCGAUGA